AUGGUCACGCCUAAUACGACACCUUACAAACCGUCUCCUCUCUCCUUUGGUUCGACUCGUACUUCUCCCUUCCGACGACCAUCCGUUGCUGCUUCUCCCACUACAGUUAUCCGUCCCAAUACCGCUGGCAGUCCUGGCAGCAGGGCAACCACGCCCAUCCAGUCCCCCAGCAAACUAAAUCAAUCGCAUGCUGCAGACAAUGUAUCUGUCUUCUCAGAUACCCAGAAUUCUCCAUUGGCCCAAAAGUCCAGGGAAAUCGCAGCACCACCAACUGGAGCGUCCCAUGUGCGAACUGGCAGCACAUCUUUGACGAUGGAAUUGAAAGUGGCAGACCGAUCAGCUAUGAACAAUGACACUCUGGGCAAAUUACCACCGGCCCAGCUACGGGAAUUGCGCGAAGCCUUCCAGGUUCUCGAUCGUGACAAUGACGGGCAGGUCAAUCGGGACGAUGUUGUCGAUAUUCUGGUCAAGUUAGGACAAGAUUCCUCCCCGUUAGUUACUUCUCAGUACUUCCCACCCGGGGCACCGCAAACGCUCAACCUCCCAACAUAUCUGAACUCAAUAGCGAAUCUGCUUGCUCCGCUCUCGUCCGCACAGGAGCUUCUUAACGCACUUGCAGCUUUUGAUGAAGACGACAGCGGCCAAAUAGACCUGGAAGAGCUUCGGGAUGCGCUGCUUAGCACAAGUCCCGACGCGGGCGAGAGUCCGCUGACAGCGAGAGAAGUGGACGAAGUGGUCAAAGGGUUUACAGGCAGGAGGGCAUUUGGAUCCAAGGGAACGAGAUCAACCGGGUUUGGCGGAGCAGCAAAUCGAUCAGAGGUAUUUCGGUAUCAGGAAUUUGUUGGUAGCCUGACGGGUAGCACGGCAGUCACCGCAACAGCCGCUGUAGGUGGGAUCACAAAGGAACAGUGA